ACCCUAGGAAUGCUCUAUGAUGCUCGGAAAGAUGUACUGAUUCCAGGUUUGACGUUGUGGGACAAUGAAUCUCUGCAAGGGAAGAUAACUGAAAGCGUUCAAUCCAGCAGUCAAUUUGAAAUUACUGCAUCUGACUCCAUUGAAUCCAAGUCCUCUCUGCUGGAUGUUGAAGCUUCUCUGAAGGCCAGUUUCCUCUGUGGACUGAUUGAAAUUGAAGGAUCUGCCAAGUAUCUGAAUGAUGAGAAGAAAUUCAAGAAUCAGAGCAGAGUUACGUGUCAGUACAAAUCUACCACCAACUUCAAACAGUUGUCAAUUAUUGACCUUGUAACUUUAGACACCCAGCAAAUGGAUAUUAUUAAGAAGAGCUCGGCAACACAUGUAGUCACAGGCAUUCUUUAUGGGGCAAAUGCUUUCUUUGUGUUUGACAGUGAGAAGUUAGAUGCCAGCAGUGUUCAAGACAUCCAGGGAAACAUGAAAGCUGUGAUAAACAAGAUCCCCACAUUUAGUUUUGAGGGGAAAGUUGACAUCAAGCUGACUGAUGAAGAAAAAAACCUGACUGCAAAAUGCUCCUGUAAAUUCUUCGGAGACUUCAUCCUUGAGAGCAACCCUGCAACAUAUGAAGAGGCAGUGAAGACCUACAUACAACUUCCACAGCUACUGGGAGAAAACGGAGAGAAUUCUGUCCCAUUGAAGGUCUGGCUGAUGCCACUGAAGAAUUUGUAUCCCGAAGCUGCUGAGCUGACAAGUGGGAUCAGCUUUGGACUGGUGGAGAAGACACAGGAUGUUCUUGAAGAUUUAAAGGAAAUACAAAUGAGAUGCAAUGAUUCUCUGGAAGAAGGAGUGGUAAAUAGUUUCCCACAUAUUCAAGAAGAGUUAAGCACUUUCCAAAAAUUGUGUCACCACUAUGCAUCUAACCUCCAGCAGACCAUGGCGAAGAAACUUCCCUCCAUCCGUGAAGGAAAAGAAGAUGAGAGCUCAGCAGACGAAUUCUUUGAAGAAAGAGACAAGUCACCAUUCAGUCAAGAAAAACUAAGCAAGUGGCUGGAUGAUAAAGAGAGAGAAAUCAACGUCAUCAGAUCCUGUGUAGAUACCAUGGAGGGAGCAAAGAUCGUCCGAAAUCAGUCCGAGCUGGACAGAGAGGUUCUUGCUGGAGGUGUAGAUGAUGCUCUCUGCUUUGUUUUCACCUCCUUGAAAAGGGGUGAUACCUACCUUGAUGUGAUGGCCACCUACUUGGACUACCAUAAAUUAGGGAGUACCAAUGAAGACCAGUGGUUCUUCUCAAAUGAAGUUUUUACCACACUGAGAGAAAAAGCCAAAACUUUCCAUGACCUCACCAAAGCACGGAAGAACAACAACCAGUUCCGUUUCCUCAUCACAGUCAUUCCAAAUGAGAAAUACAAAGGAGCAACCAUCUACCAUUACAAGAAGGGCAUUCUGGUCACUGAAGAUUUUUCCAAACCUGACAAACCUGACAAACCUGCGCAGAUCACAGACAAAACAGAUCUGAUCUGGUAUGCCUGUGAUCUCACCCUGGACCCAGACACUGCACACAAUAAGCUCACUCUGUCUGAGGGAAACAAGAAGGCAACGUUUGGAGAUUGGCAGAAAUAUCUUGAUCACCCAGAGAGGUUUGACACACAUCCUCAGGUGCUGUGCAGAGAGGGCUUAUCUGGGCGCCAUUACUGGGAGGUAGAGUGGAAUGAUGAUUCAAAUUCUGCUAAAUGUAUUAAUGUAGGUGCUGCAUACAAGAGAAUUGACAGAAAGGGAGGUGGUUUACAGAGCAAUCUUGGACAUAACUACAUAUCGUGGUCUAUAAUCCAAUAUUCAGGAAAAGGUUUUCACAUACUGGAGAUAUGUCAUAAUGGUAGGGUGAAGGAAGAUCAUUUUCCCUCUGAUGGCUGCCCCACACUUGGGUUUUAUCUGGACUGGCCUGCUGGCACUCUGUCCUUCUACAAAGUCUGCGCUUACACACUGAGCCACCUCUACACCUUUCACACCACAUUCACUGAUCCUGUUUACCCAUGCUUCGGUGCUGCUGAGUUUAACAACUAUUUCUACCUGCGUCCAGUUGAAUAAGAUCAAUGGAGAUGACUUGUUAAAUCCUUGGUCUGUUUAAACAGUAAAGUAACAUCUAAUGUUAGCUUGAACUUGUUUAACAAAUUCCAAAAAAACAUUCAAAACGCAAAGAUACCAGGAAAAUAGAUGAUCUUAUAAAGUUACAAAAUAUGUAAUUUCACUUCCUGUUGAUUGGAUGCAAAGCCUCAAACUGGUUUGUGCUCCAAAGCUUCACAAUCAGUUUCAGCUUUCAUUUUAAACCACGUUUUAAUCAUUUUAAUUGCUAUUCUUAUUCCUGAUCAUUAUUGCUUUGUCAACACAUAUAUGUUGACAUAUAAUAUCAAAGCUCAUUUCAAAACUUGCAUGAGUUGCUUUGAUGAAUUUAUCAUGUUGAUUACGUAAAGACAUAACGUAUUUAAUGUAUUUUUAAUGUAAAAGUUCAUGUUGAUUUUCCUUCUCAAAGUGGUUUGUGCAUCAGUUUCACAAUCAUUUUUAAACUUGCAUUGCUUUAUAAUAAUAAUUAAGCCUUUAUUAGUCCCACAAUGGGGAAAUUCGGUUCUCUGCAUUUGACCCAUCCCGGAGGAGCAGUGGGCUGCAAUGAAGCGCCCGGGGAGCAAUUUUGGGGUUAAAUGUUUUUAAUUGUCACUUCCUUUUCUAAUUCUUGAUCAUUAUUGCUUUGUCAACACUAAUUUGUUGACAUAUACAGUCAAAGCUCAUGUAAAAAAUUGCAUAACUUGUUUUAAUGAAUUUAUCAUGUGGAUUAUGUUAGGACAAAAGGUAAAGUGCCUAUUGCUUAAUUUAGCAUUUGUUUCUUUUCUUCUUUCUGCUGUAUUUUAAAAAUGGUUAUGUGUGGUUAAUAAUAAGUCUGUAUCUUAAUCCUGACCUCCAGUUCAAUUAAUGACUUUACUGUUCUGAGGAGAGAGAAACUGUUGUUACCAUUGUAUUAGAUGUUAAACACACUGCUGAUGUUUAUAUAGAAGAUGUAAUGUUCUUUUAGUAAAUCUUCACAAUUAGUUAAAAGUUUCUACUUUACUCGGUACAUCACAGAUAUCUUAUCAAUUCUGUUUUAACAUUUCAUAAUAAACAAUAAAGAAGGUAUAUAAAGAAAGAACUGCUUUGUCAUCACUAGUGUGUUGAGAUAUAAACUCAUAGCUGUUAACACCAUUUUGUUGCAAACUUUGCUGAUGUUUUGACACUGUAACACCUGUUGGACAUGUUCACCCUCUUCUUGAGCAGAAUAUUCAAUAAAGUGGAG